CUUCACUCAAUUUCUCUCUUUAGGGCGGAGCUGAAUGGCCUCAGCUAGAGCAACAAAGCUGUUCCUCUUCUCCUCUGUUUUACCCUUAAAUUCAUUUUCCAAAUCAAUAAAAGCAAUACCAGCAUUGAAAUUCUUCUUUUCCAGCACCAAAAAUUACAACUUUAAUCUCAAUAAUUCCCAUAGUUUUAGACCAUAUUCCAGUGUCAGUAAAACCACUCUUAUCACAAAUACUGUCAGUGACAAAAGCAAGAGCAAGAAGAAGAAGAAAACAGCUAAGGGGUCUUCUCCCUCUUCUUCUUCUGGUGGAGAGGAGAAAUUGAAGAGGAGGACACGUUCACAAAGGGAGUUUGAAAUACCUGAAGAUUUUCAUCACCAAUUGGUAAUUCAUGGAGAAAACAGUAAAAUUAAUAGUCAUAUACCUGUUAUGCUUGGUGAGGUUUUAGAGGUUUUUGAAAAACAUCCGUCUCCACUUCGUUCUUUUGUUGAUUGUACUCUUGGUGCUGCUGGUCACUCGUCUGCAAUAAUCAGUGCCCAUCCAGAACUGGAGCUAUUAGUUGGAUUGGAUGUUGAUCCUAAAGCACAUGAAAAGGCUAAAUUGCAUAUAAAUGAUGUUUUAAAUCUGAAUGAGCAAGCUCCAGCGUUGAAGGUGAUCACACGUCAUAAGAAUUUCAAGGAUAUCAAAUCUGUUCUCUCCGAGAUUGAUGAGAAAAUCUUGACACACGGUGUUGAUGGAAUCUUAAUGGACUUGGGAAUGUCAUCUAUGCAGGUAAACAAUGCUGAAAGAGGGUUCAGUGUGCUUUGUGAUGGACCUCUUGAUAUGCGGAUGGAUCCUCAGGCAACUUUGAGAGCAGAAGAUAUUUUGAACUCCUGGCCUGAGGCUGAAGUUGGACGAAUUUUGCGAGAUUAUGGGGAGGAAAGCAACUGGUACUCUCUGCAAAAUAAAAUUGUGAAGGCUCGUUCAUACGGGGGUCUGCAUUCCACCAGUGAAUUGGGGAAUCUUAUUCGUGGUUCAACUCCGCAGUCAGCAGGGAGACAGGGUUGGAUGAAGACGGCAACACGAGUAUUUCAGGCGCUGAGAAUAGCAGUUAAUGAUGAACUGAAGAUACUCGAGGAUACACUUUACGCGUGUUUCGAUUCUCUCUCCCCUGGGGGUAGGCUUGCUGUUAUCUCAUUUCACAGUUUAGAAGACAGGAUUGUGAAGAAGACUUUUCUGGACAUCAUUGAAGUUGGAGAUGGUAAUGGACUACUCAAGGAAGAGAAAACUAUCACAAAAAGAGAGGAAGUGAAAGAAACAUGGAUCAAACAGAAGAUCAUUGGAAGGAAAGGAAUCAACCUGACAAAGAGACCGAUAACACCUUGUGAAGAGGAAGAGCGAUUGAAUCGCAGAUGUAGGAGUGCUAAACUUAGGGUGAUUCAGAAGUUUUGAGUGUUCAUAUAUAACAGCAUCCGAAGUCCAAACUAUCCAAUGUACUGUAAUCUCUUAAUCCAAGUCAAAUUGUUUCAUCAUAGUUACUCUAAUGAAUGACAUCCAAUUUGCAAAUUGGUUUGCCAUCAUUACAGAUAUCACAUAACAACAACAACAAAAAUGGAUCAAAAUUUCGCUCCGAUUUCAUUCAAAAAUAUGACAACUGAAAUAACAUUUUCAUGAAA